CUGGAGGUCUCACUGGGGAGGGAGGAACAAAGCCCGAGCUCCAAUCAGCCGAGGUCCCCAUCCGGUACCUCUGAGUUCCAUCAUUCGAGCCGGAGUCGCCCGUCAAGUCUUACGUCACUGGGAUCAAACCAAUCACGUCUUUAAGUGCACCAAUCGGCGUAUGCUUACGGCGGAAACGAGGUCGCCCUAGCCAAUGACAGGGGCCGUACGGCGGAAGUGUAGAAAUGGUCUCUCGGGAAGAUGGCAGCCUCAGUCCGGCCACAAGUUGAUUGGCAGGUGCGGUGACCAGAGGCUCUAGACUCCAGGCCCUGUCCCCUGGGCUCUGCCUUCGGAUGUCCCACCGUACACAGCCUGCAUGCGCCGUGGGGCGCCCCAGGACCAGGAGCUGGUGGGCCCGGGGGCUCCUGCGCGGGGGUCCCGGGGCGCCCCUCCUCCCUCGGGACUUGUCCCGGUCCUCGUCUUUCCCCCGGACCUAGUAUUCAGGGCGGACCAGCGGAGUGGACCCCGGCAGCUGCUGACCCUCUAUAACCCCACGGGAGCUGCGCUUCGCUUCCGAGUCCUGUGCACAGCACCUGCCAAAUAUACGGUGUUUGACGCAGAAGGAUACGUGAAACCUCAAUCCUGCAUUGACAUUGUGAUUCGCCACGUGGCCCCCAUUCCCAGCCACUAUGACGUCCAGGACCGCUUCCGCAUUGAGCUGUCUGAGGAGGGAGCUGAGGGUCGAGUGGUGGGGCGCAAGGACAUCACCUCGAUUCUGAGGGCCCCAGCCUACCCUCUUGAGCUUCAGGGACAGCCUGACCCAACGCCCCACCCAGGGCCUCCUUCCUGGACAGCACCACCCACGGCCAGACACUUCCCCGAGAACCCCCAUCCACAACUGGCCACCAGCUCCUUCCUCCUCUUCUUGCUGACGGGCAUAGUCUCCGUGGCCUUCCUGCUGCUCCCGCUCCAGGACGAACUUGGCAGCCAGCUGCCCCAAAUCCUGCACGUCUCCCUGGGACAGAAGUUGGUGGCGGCCUACAUCUUGGGCCUCCUCACCAUGGUGUUCCUUCGGACCUGAGCUCCCUGCUCAACUUUUACCCACCUCCUGGGGCAGAGAUGUGGAUGUGUACAUGAGACAGCCACUGUGAUGCCCAUGCUUUGUUUCAACUCCUACUCCCUCUUCUUCCUGCCCAGCCUCUCUCCCCAACUACCCAGGGAUUUGUAUUCAUUUUCCAAAUUGAAUAAAAUAAAUUUUUCAAAUUAAACUAAGAAA